AUGAUUAGUUGUGUUGCUCCAUCAAAAAGAAAAACAAUNACAGUGUAUGGAGAUCGUGCACCAAUAAUGGCAGCAUUUUCAUCGAGGGGGCCUAGUGUAAUUGGACCGGAUGUGAUCAAACCUGAUGUGACUGCACCUGGAGUGAAUAUUUUAGCUGCCUGGCCUCCAAAUGUCAAUCCAACACUGCUUAAGAGCGAUAAUAGAAGUGUUCUAUUCAAAAUAAUCUCUGGCACAUCAAUGUCCUGCCCUCAUGUUAGCGGCUUAGCUGCACUUCUGAGGUCUGUCCACAAGGAUUGGUCACCGGCAGCUAUCAAGUCGGCCUUAAUGACAAGUGCUUAUACUCUUGACAACAAAAAGACUCCAAUUGCUGAUGCUGUUUCUGGUAGUUCAAAAUUUGCUACCCCCUUUGCAUUUGGUUCGGGUCAUGUUGAUCCCAAGAGGGCUUCUGAUCCAGGGCUAAUUCAUGACACAACCACUGAGGACUACCUGAAUUUUUUGUGUAGUCUGAACUACCUCUUAUCAAAUUACCCUUUUAUCUAG